CUAAAGAACGCGGCGGGCAAACUCGUCCAAAAUCGCGGGAAACGCGCAUUCUACUUUAGGAGGUCCGCGAGGUGCACCUAUAAUUCAUUAUUAUCAUAACAAUUGAGGUGGCCAAGGAGACAGAAAUCAGUAUUAAGUGGAGGUCCUCGUGGCACGGAAGCCGAUACUCGUGCUCCGGGUGAGAUAGACUGCGUCGUUUGCGAAAAAAGAGAUAACCCUUGAAACUCGAGGCACGCUGCUAGUGCUAGCGCGGUGAUGGAAAUUGUUUUUAACUCGUGAGCCUCUACCACUGGUAUUCCGUGACUUUCAUAGGCAGUUGCCGUUGAAGGAGUCGAUGCACUUGCAUCGUUCACGACGUUCAGGACAUGAGAAUCUGAAAAUGCCAUACUGAUCGCCGAGUUAUGAAUUCCAUUAGCACAGAGGUCACAAAGGCAUCCGUGUCAGCUCAUGCACAGUCUGGCAAGAGCACCGUCGCUGCGAGCGAGGAUGCGUGUAACGGUCAAGAAAGCUCAUACGUCAAUUGCAACGGUUUGCUCGGCAGAAGCCGUUAUGGUAGAAUGUUAAAACCCACGCCUAACAUGAAUAACGCUGUUAUUUUAGCACAGAAGAUGCCAAAGACACGUAGACAAUGGAACUCUACUACUAUGGAUAAUGAAAGUAUAGGUGAAAAUAAUACCACUAGCAGCAUCGAUGAAACUGCUGGUUCUACUAGUAAUGAUGUAGCGGAGGAUAUCUUGCCUUCAAAAGUCACUGCUAAUGUUGAAUGCCACUGGAAGGUAGGACAAUUAGCAUGGGCAAGAGUCGGCAACUUCCCAUUUUGGCCUUGUGUCGUAACAUUGGAUCCAACUACAAUGACAUACCAUAAAUUACGAAUCGCAACUAGAUCAAAUAUCUUAAUGAUACACGUUCAGUAUUUUGGAGACAAAGAACGGCAUAAUUGGGUUUCUGCAAAUUGUGUGAUGGAAUUUACGGGUCUCGCUGAUUUUCUGAAGUUAUCGGAAUCACUGACGGCGGAAAUGAAGAAAAAGGACGCGAAAUAUGCUGCGGCUUUUAUCGUGAAACAAGGAGCACAAAGGAAAUGGGACAAUGCCGUUGAGGAAGCGACAGCGGUGAAGCAUAUGACAAUUGAACAGAGAGCCGAGACGUUUGCACCAAAAAUUAAAGUCUCAAGAACUAGGGAGAGAAAGACAUCGAAUGUUGAUGAGAAAAACAAAAAUAAGAGAAAAUAUUCGAAUGAGCAAGAUAAUGGACCUGAUGCGAAACGCGCUAAAUACGAUAAUGUAUUUGAUGCAGAAAAAUCGGAAGUGUCGAAGACACGUAAAUCAGAAGCAUCAAAGUCGAGAACAUCACGGGUUGUAAAUGGGAAAACCGAUUUGAAAUUAUACUCGGAUUCUUUGCCUUCGAGUCAUAAAGGUAGCCAAGACAACACGAGAGUCGACCGAAAAGAGGAAGAUGAGGAUGGUGUGUUCGAGGUCUAUUACGAGCGAAAUAAAGAUUUGUUGGUGGAUGAAUAUCCAAACGCGUCGGAACAAGACAUUAAAAAGUAUUUGCGGAAAACUUGGGACAAUAUGGAUACGACUUUUCGAAAGAAAUAUCGAUCGUACAUGACGCGCGACAGCAGUAGUUCGCAAUCGCAGAAAGAAAAUUCUUCCGAUCACGAGGACGACACAUCGAUCGAAACUGACACGAGUGUGAAGGAAACAAACAAGAGAAUGAGAAGUAAGGUUGACAAAGAGGAAAGUUCUGUUUCAGAAGCGAAACGUGGUAGACGGUAUAAUAUCUUUAAAGGUUUGAAGCAGGAGAAAGUUUGUCAAAUUUGCGAGAAGACGGGGAAACUAACGAGAUGUAAGGGACCUUGUUAUUCCUACUUCCAUCUAUCUUGCGUGAAACCUGGGGAAUCUAGUCCAGAGCACUCUGGUGACGAGAAUAUCACGGACGAUAAGAUACUCGAUGACUUGAACGUAAUCAAGAGAAGCAUUAACGGCGAACAUGAGAAUAGCGUAGGUAAAACUGAGGAUCAAGAGGACGAAAUGUUCAAAUGCAUCGAUUGCUUAUCUGGCGUAGCACCCGCUUGUUUCAUAUGCAACGAGAGAGAAGGAGAUCGUAUCAGGUGUAUCGUGCCGGCCUGCGGAAAGCAUUAUCAUUCCAAGUGUUUAAAUUCGUGGCCUCAGUCGCAUUGGCAAGGUGGACGUUUGACGUGUCCGUAUCACGUGUGCCACACCUGCAGCUCCGACAAUCCUCAGGAUAAUCACUCACGUGCUCCGAAUGAAAAAAUCGCAAGAUGCGUUCGCUGCCCCUCAUCUUAUCACGCGUCCACGUCAUGUCUGCCUGCUGGUUCAACGAUUCUGACGGCUAGCCAAAUUGUAUGCCCAAAGCACUACAAAGCACCAUAUCCUCCGUUGAAUGCAGCGUGGUGCUUUUUGUGUACACGUGGCGGCAGUCUCAUUUGUUGCGAUACGUGUCCUACUUCUUUUCAUUUGGAAUGUCUCGGUAUAAAUGCACCUGACGGUGGAUUUUUCUGCGAAGACUGUGAGACAGGGAGGCUGCCCUUGUACGGAGAAGUCGUGUGGGUGAAACUCGGUCAUUAUCGGUGGUGGCCAUCUCGUAUAUGUUAUCCGCAGGAAAUCCCUGAAAAAGUAAAGGCUAUAUCUCAUAGUCCUGGUAAAUUUUGCGUAAUGUUUUUGGGGUCUAAUGAUUAUUAUUGGGUGCAUAGAGGCCGAGCUUUUUUGUAUCAGGAUGGGGACGCAAAUAUGAAACUACCUAUAGGUAAAAAGAUGGAUAAUAAAUUUCGAAUAGCUUUAAAAGAAGCAAACAAAUUACAUCAGCAGUUGAAAGAACAGCGAUCUAUAACUAAAGAACCGAAAAGAUUGAAGCCGCCUCCAUAUGUAAAAUUAAAAGUUAACAAACCAGUGGGCAACGUGAAACCGGCCGAAGUCGAAAGUAUCGUGGCAUGCGAGUGCGAUCCUAAUUGGGAUAAUCCCUGCGCACCUGGUACCGAUUGUCUGAACCGUAUACUGUUGGUCGAAUGUAGUCCGGGAAUAUGUCCAGCCGGACCAAAAUGUAUGAAUCAGUCGUUUGUUCUUCGGCAAUAUCCGGAGAUGAAGCCAUUUCAUACAGUGGGCCGUGGUUGGGGUCUGAGAACGUUAGAGGAUAUCAAAGCGGGACAAUUUGUUAUCGAAUACGUCGGUGAAGUCAUAGAUGAAGCAGAGUAUAAGUGUAGACUGCAUCGAAAGAAGGAACUGAAAAAUGAAAAUUUUUAUUUUCUUACGAUCGACAACAACAGAACGAUUGACGCGGAACCCAAGGGGAAUUUGAGCCGAUUUAUGAAUCAUUCAUGUGCACCGAACUGCGAGACGCAGAAAUGGACGGUGAACGGAGACACGCGUAUUGGUCUGUUCGCCUUACGUGACAUAGAAUCCGGCGAGGAGCUGACGUUUAACUACAACUUGGCGUCCGAUGGGGAAACGCGGAAGCCGUGCCUCUGCGGUGCACCAAAUUGUAGCGGCUUUAUUGGUUUAAAGGCACAAAAGCAGUCAAUUGUACAAUCACCUGUGCAAUCGAAAGCAAUUGUACAACCAAGGAAAGACAAGUCGAGACGAAGAAGUUCUCGUUGCUCUUCCAUGAGUAGGAGAAAGCUCUUGUGCUGGCGAUGCGGACAAGAAAUAUUGGAUUCAAGCAGAUCGAUCAUUUGUUCGCGAAGAACAUGUAAGAGAAAGUAUCACGUAACGUGCGUAAAAAUCGACGACACGCAACCCAACUUCAAUUGCCCUUGGCAUCACUGCCUAGAAUGCGACCGUCGAACGACGAUACAUUGUUCUUUCUGCAGCACUGCCUUCUGUCAAGUACAUUUCGACGGUAACUUAUUUGAUGAUAGUGAGAGGGGUAUCGUAUGUAAGGUGCACGAGAACGUGGAUCUACAGAAGACUGUCGAAGAUGAGAAAGAAGAUUCGGAUAAUGAUAACGAGACGGAUAAAGAGUACUCGUCCACGAGUUCCAGUAGUCCGAUCGUAAUGGAAAAAAUAGCGACGCGAGAACCAUCACCAAGGGUUUCUAUUAUAGAGUUGAAUUUGAUACGGAUAAUGGUAGUUUGUGAAUGAGUGUAUCACUCUCAACUAAUACUAGAUACUACUAGAAGAAGCAAAUUUAUUCCAAAUUAUUAUUUGCAGAAUAACAUGGUGAGUAGUAAUGUUCAGUGUUUGCAAACAAUAUUUCUUGCACUAUGUGAGUUCUUAAUACUGAUACUCACUCAGUCAUGCUUACUAUUUAAUUGCAAAUAUUAAUAGUUUAUAAAUAUGUUUAAUUGUUUUUUUCACUAAACACACACGUUUUAUCACGUCCAUUUUAUAUUUCUCUCUUAUUAUAUUAUAUUACGUGAUUCGAUACAUUCUAACGUACAUGAACCCUUUUCCCCUUUUUUGCUUCUUGAAGAUAAAUACAAUCUAAAUUUAACAGUGCAAAUGAUUAUUUUCCAAGUUAAUGUUUGAAAAUUUGCGUUUUAUAUUCGUUAUGAUUUAGGUUUUCUGAUUCAAGAAGUAAGAAAGAAAAUUGUUAUUCAUACUGAAAUACUCUAUAUGUAUA